AUUGGAUGGCCAAUUAAUCAGAUGAGUGUAUAUAAAAGGUGUUGUGUUACUGUUGCUUGAUAAUUGUUAAGAUUACAAACCAAAAAAAUGUUGUUUUUAUUAAGAGCUAUGUGUGCUUUGUUAUACAUACAUUUAAACUUACAAAUUGGACAAACAUCUCCGUGUAAAUUUGACGAGCGAUGUCAGUGUAGCAAAACGAUUAAAGGAUAUGUAGCUGUGGAUUGUUCGUGGAAAAACAUAACAAAAAUCCAGAAUUUACCGGAGUCUAUCGUAUUUCUAAACGUAUCACAUAAUUUGAUCAAACGCAUCAGCAAAGGAACAUUCGAAGCAGCUAAACAUCUCUUAACACUAGACUUGUCAUUCAAUAGAUUGUCAUCAAUAACUGUCGAUACAUUCAAUGGCCUCAUGAAAUUACGCUACCUUUCUCUUGACAAUAAUAAACUGAUUUACAGCAACCGUACUUUUCCUACAAAAAUCUUUAGUCAAGUGGAAUUUCUUUCCCAUUUAAGUUUGAAAAAUAACAAUAAUAGGUCUUCAUCUUGUAAAAGUUUUCCGGAUAAAACAAUUGAAGAUUUGCUUUUUCUAAAAACGCUGGAAUUAGAUGCAAGUGAAUGUGGAAACAAUUUUCUCGGAAAAGGAUUUCGUGCCCUGCUGAAAUUAAAUUCAUUGGUAUUAGGGAACAGUUUACGCUUUUCAAUGUCAAAAUUCACAUUCAUGAAUACUAAGUAUUUGCAAAAUAUUGUACUGCAUUCGAUCGAUGAAAUAUCAUUUAAAAGAAAAACAUUCCGAAAAUUAUAUCACCUCAAGCACCUGGAAUUUUCUGUCGAUUCAAAAAAAGGUGGAAUAAUGUCACCAUUUGAGAGACUGGCGAGUGAUUUAAGAUUCACUUCAAUUGAAACUUUAAAACUGGGUCACUCGACAAUGGAUUUACAAACAUUCCCUUUGUACAUUUUUAAUAGUGAACUGUAUACAAAAAAUAUUACUGAAAUAUACCUAACAGACAACUCGGGCAAUGCAGGACACUUUCCAGUAUCUAUUGGUGCUCCACCACCAACUCUUCAUAUUUUGGAUUUAUCAAACAACAGACUAACUCGAUUUAUACUUGAUAUAAAAAAUAUUACUCGUCUUAUUCUAAAACAAAAUGUAUUAGGGGAUUUCUUAUCGACGAAAUCAUAUUUUGAAAAGAAAACUGAAGAGUAUUUCAGUGUGAUUGAAAUUAUUGAUAUAUCUCAAAAUGACAUAAAAGAACUUGCACCAUUCACCUUUUAUUCUCAACCCUUAUUAUAUCAUAUUGAUUUAAGUAACAAUAAAAUACAAGACAUCACAUUCGAUUUGUCCUGUUUGUUGGCACUCGAUUUUCUGAAUCUAUCGAAUAAUAGAAUCAAGUAUUUUAAUGAAAGUGUUAUGCGCACUAUCAACACAAUAGUGAUUAACAAACAGCUUACUAUAGAUCUUUCUAAAAAUGUAUUGGAAUGCACAUGCAAGACAAUCCCCUUUUUACGAUGGAUGAUCGAAAGUAAUGUCUUAUUUGUUAACCUUCAUGAGUACAGCUGUACAUCAGAGGAUGGUAGCAUAACAAGCAUGGAUCCGUUCGAAUACAAAGUCCUUCAGUUAGAAAAAAACUGCAAAUCGUACCUCGGAAUAAUAAUAGGUGUAUCGUUGGCACUAUUAGUUGUUAUUAUGACUGUUAUCACAAGUUUAGUGUAUCGAUAUCGGUGGAAAAUACGAUACAUGUAUUAUAUGACAAAAGGAAAGUACAGCUAUCAGAAAAUAUCGCCCGAUGAUGACGAUGAAUAUACGUAUGACGCAUUUAUAUCAUACUCUAGUGGUGAUAGAAGAUUUGUCUUUAAAGACUGCAUUGACAAACUUGAAAAAGAAGAAAACUUAAAGCUAUGCAUACAUCAACGUAAUUUUAUGCCUGGACAAGACAUCACUGUAAACAUAACAAAUUGCAUCCACACAAGUAGAACCACAGUUUGUCUUAUAACAAGAAAGUUUCUCGAGUCAUAUUACUGCAUGUUCGAAUUCAACAUGGCACGCAUGGAAAGUAUCUAUUCACGAAAUGGAAGGAAUAUUUUAUUUCUUGUAUUUUACGAACAGCUAGAACCUAAAGAACUUCCACUUGUCAUGCUAGAACUAGUCCAAAAAGAGUCUUACAUUGAAUACCCUAAUGACGAACAAGGAAAUGUUGUAUUCUGGGAGAAAAUGAAAGAAACGUUGAGGACAAAUGUUCGGGCAUGAGUUUUGCGACAAAUGAAAAGAGCAAGAUUCGUGUUUCAUUUUGCUAUCAAUUGAAUGCGUCAUCGUCUCGUUAAGAUUUAUUGUUUUGUUCUAAGUUAUGUAAACUGAAUUCUGGUAAGAAGGUGUUUAUUUGUGUUUUUAUUAUUGUAAAAAAUUAUUGUUUUUUUUUUAAAUUGUUAGUUUUACUUGUAUAAUACCAGUGGUUUUUAAUGACUAGGCAACAAAGCCAGGGUCAUAUACGCCAAAUAUUAGUACGAACUAAAAUUAACCUCGUCGAUUUUUUUUAGUCCACAGAAUUUAAAUUAAGAAAAUAUCUACACCGAAUGCCUAGGCUAUUGCUUUUAUGUUUGCCAAAGAAGAAAAACGACGUAUGUAUAAUGCAAUUUGGUAGUCGCGAAGUUAAGAAAAAAUUGUAGCGAUUACAAUAGAAGUAAACGUUGUAGCUAUAAAUUCAAUGUUUGUUGUAUUUUCCGUUUAUUUAAGUGUUAUUUCUAUCUAUUGUUUAAAACAAAUGUAUUGGUUUUUUUUCGAUUUUUGCAAAGAGUGUAAAUUAAGGUGUGAAUGAAAUAAUUUGUCUAACAAAACUUUAAGACUUAUGUAGCAAUAUGUUCGAAUAUUCAUUAUUUUGUAAGAGGGAGAAAAGAAUAGUAAUUAUGAAAAUGCAUAACCAUAUUUCGAAUAACGGCUCAAUGGACAGGCGUUAGUUCUUUAACAGGAUACAACUUGCCAUCAGGGUUUAUGGUAUCUUUUUGUGUUUGCUGCUUUUGAAGUUCGGCUUUCUUUCCGUUGUUGUCCUUUUAUAUAGUUAAUGUGUUUCCCUCAGAUUUGGGUUGCUUAAUCCAAUUAUGAAUAUUCAAUAGCGGUAAAGUACUACAGUUUUAUAUAUACCUGUAUAUAGUCUGUAUUUAAGUGUCCUUCGGCUGUUUAGUAAUACUUUGAUCGGGUUGUUGUCUCUUUGACACAUUCCCUAUAUCUAUUUUCAAUUUCAGUACA